AUGACUUUUCCUACAGACUUUAAAGAAUCACAUUCGCUAGUCGAAUCCAAACUACCCAAUUCUAAAAUUUCUGUUGAAAGAUUAAGGUUGACCAAGUUUGUAAGCUCCCAAAAUAUAGAUACUUUUCUCAUCACCAAUUGCAAUCCAAUCUUCUUAUAUUCAAGAUCAAGCAAGAGCUGGUAUAAACAAAUCCGUCACACGCAAACUGUUGGUAAGACUUAUUCAAAAUUAUUGAGCUACUCACAUAUCAAUAAUUAUACCCGUUUAUACAAGGUGUUCCAAAAAAGUAUCUCCAAGAAGCAUUUGAACAAACAUCAAUUCAAAGUCUUAUCUGCAUUUCCUCAAACGAAAAAGAUUUACUUAUCUUUUUCAAUCUUGACUGAAGACGAUGAGCUUAUGUUAUUAAGAACUAUUAUUUGUUGUCAUAAUGUCAUCCCCCAAGUUCCAAUCGAGCUUGAAGUUUUCGUUAUCAGACCAAGCAAGCGUCUUGAAAGUCUUUUGUAUAAUGUUAACAUCCAACACUUUCGUACUAUUACCCUUCCUGGAUGCUUAGAUUUGGGAUAA